UUGUUGAAGAACUGUUGGGGGAAUUAUACGUGGAAUUGGGCAGACCAACACUUUCCCAGUCAAACUUUGGACUUACAAUGGAAGCACGCGUCGUAGGAAAACAAAGAAGUGACUAUUCUAUUACUAUCCACAAAAUUGUCGUCACCAGCGAUGAAACCAAGGAUCAGUUGCGCAAGGAUCAACAUCAAUGUGUUUGCGAGCGAAAGCGUCAAAAUUUUUGCUGCUUGUGCUGCCGCAAUACGUUUAUAGGACGUAUAAGUCAGCGCUGUCCAGUCCAUCCAGAGGUUGCCUAUUUAAUGGAUGCACGUAACUGUGGCUUCUGUGGCGCAGAUGUUAAAUAUUUACAAUUGAAGCAGUAACUGGAGCCGUUGACGGCUGAUGUAAACAGAGAACGCAACUCACAUAGAGGAAUACAUAAAUACUAUGUACCACGCAUAACUAUACAUGUGUACAUACAUAUAAAAUAAACAAUUUGUGUCAUACAAACAAAUUAUGAAUUUUA